AUCUUACGUCAUCAAUGUACGACUGUUUACAUUGAGCAUGGCGAGGCGCUGAAGUUGUAUUCGCGUACUGUUUUGUUUUUGGCCACUCUGCGUGUACCUGAGGGAGGAUGACCAUGGAUAUGACUUUCCUCGGGACCGGCUCGGCCUACCCGUCCCCUCACCGCGGGGCCUCGGCUCUGGUUCUGCGGACGGACGGGGAGUGUUGGCUGUUUGACUGCGGGGAGGGGACCCAGACCCAACUGAUGAAGAGCCAGCUCCGAGCCGGUCGAAUCACCAAGGUCUUCAUCUCCCACUUGCAUGGAGAUCAUCUGUUUGGCCUGCCUGGUCUUCUCUGCACUGUGAGCCUCAACACCAACCCAGACCCCCAGCAGAACCUCAACUGUGUGGAAAUCUACGGGCCCCGGGGCCUCCGCCACUUUCUGAGGGUGACACUUGGCCUCACUGGGUCCCAGCUGCUCUUUCCUUACGUAGUUCACGAGCUGGAGCCCACAGAGGACCAGAGUCCAGAGGAGGGACAGCUCAGCCAAGAGGUGACGGCGGAUUACGGCCCUCUGCACCCUCAGGAGCGGCCGGGCAGGACCAUCGCUCUGGACGUCUCGAGUGACUCUUACUUCCUGUUUGAAGACAAGAGGUUUGUGGUGAAGGCCUUCAGGUUGUUUCACCGCGUGCCCUCCUUUGGAUUUUGCAUCCAUGAGCGAGAUCGACCUGGAAGACUGAACACUGAGGUCCUGAAAGAACUAGGCUUGAGACCAGGACCUCUUUAUGGGCGGCUGAAAGCCGGCGGGUCUAUAACUCUGGAGAGUGGGCGUGUGGUUGAGCCGAGCGAGGUGAUGGAAGAAGCCAUCCCCGGGCGGAAAGUCUGUGUCCUAGGAGACUGCAGCUCAGUUCUCGGGGAGGGGCCGCUGAGUCUGUGCAGAGGAGCGGACAUUCUGGUUCACGAGGCCACACUGGGGAACGAGCACAGAGAGAAAGCGGUGGACCACGGACACAGUACGCCGGACAUGGCGGCGGCGGUGGCCCGGGCUUGCUGUGUCCGGAGGCUGGUGCUGUACCACUUCAGUCAGAGGUACAAACCCUGCUCCCUGCAGAGGGAGGGCGACGAGGACGACAUGUCAGAGCUCAAGAGACAGGCUGAAGACGCUCUACAGGACAGCGGUGUAGAAGUGACUCUGGCUGAGGACUUCCUGACUUUACCCAUUCCUCUCCGGAGAUGAAGGACAUCAUGUACUGGUUUAGUGUUUCCAUACUGUGUUAGUAUACGGUGCACUUUGAAAGGUAAGCAUGUUGAGUACACACUCAUACAUAACAAGCACACUUUGUUUUCAUUCUUUUAGGAAUGCUAAAUUAGCUUUACAAUGAGCUAAUCUUUUAUUAUCGAUAAUCUCUCAUUAAAGGUGAAUUGGCGAAACAAUCUCAGCUCAAAGUCAAACUAAUAGCUUCUAAUGUUUCACCUUCAUCAUCGUAUGGAGCUUGUGCUCAUGAAAGGGAGACCAAGAUGUUUAAAUGUCGAACGGUUCUGAGAACUUCUGAAAUGUCUCGUCCAGAUUCUCUUUCAAAUUGAGUUUGAAAUUAAAAACUCAGCUCAAGGUCCACCUACUGGGGCGCAGAGGCUAGAGUGCGUGCCCCAUGUAUGGAGGCUGUAGUCCUCCAAGCGGGCGGUCCAGGUUCAAAUCUGGCCUGUGGCUACUUUCCCGCAUGUCAUUCCCUACUCACUUUCUCCCUGAUUUCCAACACUCUCCUAUAGCUCUAAUAAAGGCACAAAUUGCCCCAAAAAAACUUUCUUAUAAAAAAAAGCUCCACCUUUAAUCAACAUCACACAUCAUCACCAGGGCCGAGUAGUUCAAACAUUUUAUUCUGGAUAAGAAGAAUCUGGAUCAGGAAAUCCACUGUUCUUUUUAAGAUAAGUUAAUCAGGGGAAACUGGAAAGGCUCAACCUGAUACAGAUACAGUGUUUCAGGGAUUACUAAAUCUGGAUCACCAAUUCUUUAAAUGGAGGCUUUGUAUUUUGACCUCAGGGAUAUCAAAAUCUCUCUGACGAAGUUCUUCACAGCCUAUUUUUAUGACAUACUUCAUGUUUUAUAUUCACAGCUAUUUGGUGAAAUAUUUUAUGGAGAGGAAAGCCUUCCUUUUUUCCACAGACUAAUGUCUACUUUAUUCACUAUGUCCCUGUAACAACACAACUUUCAAGUGCAAAAUAUGAUGAAAUACAUGUAAAUUAAAACCUUUUUCUUUUUACCAUUUGUUCCUCUAAUCAGCCUGAUUAUUCUAUUCCAACUCUCAAGUUUGAACUCCACAAACUGGAGAUUUUAUCCAGAUAAAAACAUAAGAUUGGAUUACCCGACCUGUUGAUCAUAAUCUUUUGUCUUGUUAUCUCUGGGACAAUCUGACUUCUAGAUUUGAUCCUACUCGAUGACUUUAAUCUGAAACAACAACUGGGCACUCGAUUGAAGGAGAUGCACGGUGUAGCUCAACUGGAAGAGAUUCUAAUUUAUGAACAUCUUCCUGCUUCUCUGCAAAACAUCAUCAUGCUGAAGGAGGUUAUACGGAGAUUGUGCUGAUAAAACUCCAGAACAAAGAAGUCAGUGGAAACAUGCUGACAUCCUUUUUUCCUCUAAAGUUGUACCGAUUGUAAUCUGUUUCUAUCAAGCUCCACUUUUUUUACUCUACAGUCUUAUAUUUUCUGUCAGCUUACAUUACAAACACUUGUUGCUGAAACCAGAACUGUUCAAACUGAAUGUGAUUUUGUUUUUACAUUUUCAGUGUGUGAAUAAAUAAAUAAUAAAUAAAGAACAUGUGAUCGAUUGUGAACCUUUUCCAGAGCUUUAUUUCUGGAUCUGUACACAAGGUAUUAAAGUACAACAGAAAAUACAAAAUAAUGUUCAACAAAAGAAAAAAAAACAACUCAAUGUUUAUGUACAAUUCUUAUAAACAAUAAAGAUAGCUUCUUGAACAUUU